UUUCUUGGUUCAUGUCAUGUGAAACCGCGUAUCCACAGUGCUUUUUUUGAAACUCUUGUAUUCAAUUCAAAGUCUAAAUAUUUGAUUUUGAUUCUAAUUUCUAAGUUUUCUAACGACACACAAAACCACACCACCCGUAAGGACUUUCCCAGACCAGUCUUCUCUCUUCUUCAUUCCUUUUCCUUCAUUUCUUCGCGUCUUAAAUACAUCUAGCUUUACAUCUCUUUAACACAAACCCAUUAAUUAAUUUUCCUGUCUUUUCAUCUUUUGCCAGAAACCCAUUUCAUUUCAAUUAUUUUCCAUUUCUGGGUUUUUUUUUUUAUUUUUCCCCUCUUGGUUCGUUUUCUUUUUCCUGUGAAGUUUGGUUUCUUUUCUUCAUGUAGGAGUUUCUCUUUGACCAAACAACAGCAAGAACAAGAAGUAGUUGGUUGCUAUGUUGUCCGAGUUUUCUCCCAUUUUGGUUCUUGUUUUAAUCUUUUCUGGUGCUUUUGAGGCAACUGCUGGAAUAAAUCACCACAAGAAGAAUGUAAAUUCCAAUUUCUCGACUCUUGCUGGUAUUGAGUUACCUGGGCACAUGAGCUUCAAUGCAGUUUCUUCUUCAUCAACUGUAAAAACAACAGAUUGCAGCCUCUCAAAAGCAAAGAAAGAUCAACACUCACAAUCAAUAGCUUCACAAGAAGAGGAAGAAGAUUGGGAUCUUGAUGAUGAUGAUCAAGAGUCUAAGCAAACACUGAAACUUCACUUAAAGCACAGAUGGAUAAAUCGAGAUUCUACGCAUAAAGAAUCUUUCGUUGCUUCCACAACGCGUGAUUUGACCAGAAUUCAGACUCUACACAAGAGGAUUUUAGAGAAGAAGAAUCAAAAUGCCCUUUCAAGAUUAAAUAAGGAGGAGCCAAAGCAACCUGUAGUUGCUCCUGCAGCAUCACCAGAGUCUUAUCCAGCUAAUGGGCUUUCUGGGCAGCUCAUGGCUACUCUGGAGUCGGGCGUAAGCCUUGGCUCAGGAGAGUAUUUCAUGGAUGUUUUUAUUGGUACACCUCCUAGACACUUCUCUUUGAUUCUUGAUACUGGUAGUGAUUUGAAUUGGAUUCAAUGUGUUCCUUGUUAUGAUUGCUUUGUGCAAAAUGGACCUUAUUAUGAUCCUAAGGAAUCAAGUUCUUUUAAGAAUAUUGGUUGCCAUGAUCCUAGGUGUCAUUUGGUCUCAUCCCCUGAUCCUCCCCAGCCCUGCAAGGCUGAGAAUCAGACAUGUCCUUAUUUUUAUUGGUAUGGUGAUAGUUCUAAUACCACCGGUGAUUUUGCAUUAGAAACCUUUACAGUUAAUCUCACCUCACCUGCUGGGAAAUCAGAAUUUAAGCGAGUGGAGAAUGUAAUGUUCGGUUGUGGUCAUUGGAACAGAGGCCUUUUCCAUGGGGCAGCAGGGUUGUUAGGACUUGGAAGAGGGCCUCUUUCCUUUUCCUCACAGCUUCAGUCUCUGUAUGGUCACUCCUUUUCCUAUUGUCUUGUUGAUAGAAAUAGUGAUACUAAUGUUAGCAGCAAAUUGAUUUUUGGGGAGGAUAAGGACCUUUUGAAUCAUCCUGAGGUGAAUUUUACUUCAUUGGUUGCUGGAAAGGAAAACCCAGUUGAUACAUUUUAUUAUGUUCAAAUAAAAUCAAUCAUGGUUGGAGGAGAGGUGCUAAAAAUACCUGAGGAGACUUGGCAUUUAUCCCCUGAAGGUGCUGGUGGUACCAUUGUGGAUUCUGGUACAACCCUCAGUUAUUUUGCAGAACCAUCUUAUGAGAUUAUAAAGGAUGCAUUUGUUAAGAAGGUGAAAGGCUAUCCAGUAAUAAAAGAUUUCCCAAUUCUGGAUCCUUGUUAUAAUGUCUCUGGGGUUGAGAAAAUGGAGCUGCCCGAGUUCGGAAUCCUUUUCGAAGAUGGAGCAGUGUGGAAUUUCCCUGUAGAGAACUACUUCAUAAAGCUUGAACCUGAGGAAAUUGUUUGCUUGGCCAUUCUAGGGACUCCCCGAUCUGCUCUUUCAAUAAUUGGCAACUAUCAGCAGCAGAAUUUCCAUAUCUUGUAUGACACAAAGAAGUCUAGGCUGGGAUAUGCACCAAUGAAGUGUGCAGAUGUAUAACAGUACUCAGUAGGAUCCAAAUUCUAGUGCAGAACCUGUACACUUGGUCUUUCUAGAGGGCAAUUUUUGGUUUUCCUUUCAAAGUACAGGUACCAUACAAAAUCUUAGAUUCAUUAUUAAUUUUUUUCCCCCUCUCUUUCUAAAAUACACUCAGCUAUUAUCAUAAAUAUGACUGUAAUCUGCCUUGCAAAGUGUAAUCAAUACAGUUUUAUGCAAUUUUAACUGUUAUCUUUUGAAGUACA